AACUGAGACUGAGAGUAUGCAGUUGGUUCUAUUAGCAAGCGAUUUCUUCCCUACUCAAAGGUAAGAAUUAAAGAAACCCCAAACGCCGUCGUCCAGGAGCCCUCUCCUACUUCCCACUUCCCGCUACUCCGCUUCCGCCGCCCUCUUCCUUUCCACCAUCGCUGAAGAAGCUCCAUGUUUGUGAGCUCUUCAGCCGCAAAUAUGGAAUCAUAAUUUUUUUCCUUGGAAUGAUGUGCUUUUGAUGAUCUUAACUUUGAUUAACACUUUGUAAUGGUGUUAGUAAUGGAGGAAGAUGUUACGGUAAAGGAUGAGUCUUGCAACUCCUGCUGUCAACAGUGGAAAGAGAAGUAUACGAAAUUAAAAGAGAAGCAUUCCAAGGUUGAAGAUGGACGAAAUGCUCUUCGGAAAGGAAUCAAACUUCUUGAGCAGGAAAAUGACAAGCUAAAAUCUGAAUAUCAAGCUCUCAAGAAAGCAUUUGAGGAUGAGCGGGCACGGGCAGAGAGUGAAAAGCAAGAUAAAGUGUUAGAAUCUGCUACACGAGUUACUUUAGAGCAUGAGAUUUCUACUCUGAAGUCUCAGAUUCUUUUGUUGCAGGAGAAUGGAGGUUUGGCAGCUAAAGGAGUGGAUGAGGAGGUUGCAAAUUUGCAACAACGUGUUUCAGAAGCUGAAACAGAGAUAAAUAAGCAUAAGGAGCUUUUACAGAAGGAGAGAAAGAGAGUAGAUACAGAAAAAGAGAAAGUUGAGAAGGAGAGGAAAAAAGCCAGAGAUGCAGCAGAAAAAUUAAAUGCAGAAAAAAAGAAGGCCAGCGAAGAAAAGAGGAUUGCUGAUAUUGAAAGGGUAAAGGUUGAGGAACUUCGACAUCAGUUGGAGAGCUUAAAAUGUGAAGUGGAUGAAGCAAAAUCAAAGUUGGCGUUGGAGACAGCAAAGCAUGAACAGGAAAACAAGAAGCUCAAAGCUGAAAAAGAAAACACAACUAAGGAGAGAAUGCGUGCAGACAUGGAGAAGGCCAAAGCUGCAGAACAAGGUAAGCUUGCGGAGGAAAAUUGGAAGAAAGCUAUGGAUGAGAGAAGUCGUGCUGAUGCUUUGGCUUGGCAGUUGGACAAAAAUAAACAUAGGCUUGAAGAAUUGGAGAAGCAGAUAUCUAAUCUUGUAUCUAACAGAAAGUUUGUUGACAUUCCCGUUGAAAACCCACCUGGUGGACUUGCAGAACUUGCUGGUAAAGUAGGGUCCUUGACUUGGAAGAGUGAAGCUGGUGCACUAGAGGCAUGUAACAAGCUUGGGGAAUGGCAGCAGAAAAAUGUUAGAGAAAAGAAGCAGGCAAUAUCUGAGAUUGAGAAAGCAAAAAACCAGAUGAAGGCUGCAAAAAGAUACAAGAGGAAAGCCAUGGAGGAAAAAAAUCAUGCAGAUCAUUUGUUUCAUGAACUGGAGGGCAAUAGAAAAAGGUUGGAGGAAGUGCAAAGAGAGAUUCAGGAACUUGUUUCAUCUGGUAAAUUGUUUGAGUCAUCUCAUCCUGCAUCUGGUAAAAGUUUGAAAGAUGAAACUGCUGAAAUCAAGCUGUUAAGGAAACAAUUGAAGUUUGAAAAGAAGCGUGUAAAGCAUGCCAAAGAAGUGGCUAAGUUGGAAGUAGGUCGCAAUUGUCUACUUCAGCAAGAAGUACAUCGCCUAAAGCAGGAGUUUAUUCCAUUUGCACAGCGCUUAGACUUACUGGACAACUGCCUCUUUCACAAAUUUGAUGGUAUAAAUAACUUGGAAAAGGAAGGGGGCCUAGACUUGGAUCAAGAGCAUCUUCACCUCAAACCAUCGCAGUUGGUACUUCACACUCAGAAUGAGCACGUAAAACCAAGUUGUAUAACCAGCAUUGCUACGGGUGGAUCUACUCCACUGAAGCGAAACAAAAGAUUAAAUGUGUCGUUGCCUCCUGUGUCUGGAGAGAUGUACUUAAGUCCCACUACAGGUAUUGAUUCUAAUUUGGAGCUUCUGCUUAGAGGUUCCAACAGAAAAAUGUUACAGAGUUCUGCCAUAAAUUCCAGUUCGGCAUCUUUUUCUGAUAGACCAUUGGUCGGCUCACAGGAAAGAGGUACAUUUUCUGUCACUACAUCAGCUAAUUUGGCACAUGGACAAACUAUAGGACCAACCGCUUCCAGGUUAUCAAGCGAUACAAGAAAAAGAUAUGACAAAAAACUUGCAGUGGGGGCCGAAAAUAGUGUAGGAAGUCCUAUUAAAUCUGGUGCUAUUGAGAGUGGGAGCUACAAGAAAAGGAAAAGGAAAAGGGUUUCUGAUGCAGUUGAAUCCAUUGAAGAUUUAUAUUCAGCAGGUCAAAAGUGGCAUCAGCAGGUCUUAGAGAAAUUAUCUGUGCUUCAUGGCAUGUUGGAUGGUGAAUGCCCUAAAUCUUUCGGAGAAAGAGUUUUGGUACAAGAUAAUAUGUAUAGCAAGUUGGUUAGACCUGAUAAGAAGAAAAAAGUAUCCAAUGGACAAGGUGUAGCAGUACCUCAUUUGUGUGACCCUUGUGUCCUGAAAACCAGUGCUGAAGAUUCUGAUGUUUGCGAAAAUGCUUCACCAGCUGUAUGCGAUGUACUUCAAACUGCCCCGACUUUGAAGGACGGCAUAACUAAUCAUUUUGGAAGCAAGCUGCAUGAGCCAACGAACGCUGAAGAAGUGUUUGGUCAUGAUUACAUGGGACUUGUUCAAUUGGACAAUCCUAUUGAUGAAAACCGAUUCUGCAAAGCAAUUAGAAAGCCCAUUUCUCCCCUUUCUCCUGUCCUAUGCAAUAUUGAGUUUCCAUUUAAUGAGACUUUUGAAACUGAAAUUUGUACUUCUAGAUCUCUACCGGAUGAGAGUUUAUGUGAAGUAUUUUCAAAUGCAGAGCAGAAUGUUGUACCAUCUUGCAAUUUUGAUGUGGUUAAUUUGGAGAUUGAUUCCAAUAACAGGAAUUUGAAGGACAUUGAGGCUUCAAAGAUUUUGUCACUUGGGAUGGCUACUAAAGGAAGCUCUGAAAACUUGGGUAACAAUGGGAGUUACGACUCAGAUGUUAUAUGCGUGAGCAGUUCUUCUUCCAGUCAGAUCAAUAACUUGAUCAUGGCAUCAACUGCUCAGAAAAAUGUUGAGUUAAAAAUGCCCUGUGAAAGCAGGAGUGCUGCAUUCAAUGGGUAUCCAGUAUACUGUGCUGUUUCCUCAAGUAAUAAUGACAGCAGCUCCAUUUCUACGAUAUUCAGUUUUAUCACUGAUUGUAUGUCAAAGUUGUCGAGUAACUCUUCGUUAAAGUUAUGGAUGCAGAAUAUUCUGCUUUCUUUACAGAAGGCCGACAAUCUUUCAACUCAGGAACGGGUCUCAGGGUUCUUUUCGCUGUUAUUGCAUUACACAUCUGAGAUUGCAAAUGGUGACCAUGGCGAUUUAGUGUGCAAUUCUCUUGGCUUUAUAGAUUCUUUUGCUCAACAAAUGCGAGCAGUGCUGAAUGAUGCCGAUACUAGGAAAAUGUUUCUGGAAUCAUGUGAUUUGCAUGAACUAGUGUCUCUUAUUGAGGAUUUCCUUAUAAAUAGGCAAAUCUUGGUGUAUGAUGAUGUAUCCCAUGGAGUGUUGCUUCAACAUGAUUCAAGAGCCAAGGUUGUCCUUAACGAUAAUUGCAUUUUCUGGUCCAUCCAACCAGCUUCCACUGACUUGCUGUUUGCUGGCGGAUUAUUAUUAGCUUCGAUAUUUGCAGCAGUUGAUGAAAUUGGUUUCAUUUGUGAGGUCUCUUGCAACAUACUUAGCAUGAGGAAGAUUAAUUCUCUGUUGCUGCUAAGGCUUCUCCAUGUCUUUGCCUAUCUCUGCAGUUCAAAAUAUUUUACCCUAGAAGGCUUCAGUUUAAAAAUGUCUGUCCUGAAAUGUUUUGUGGUGUUCCUUGAGAGGCAAGAUUUGUCAGGCGGUUGCAUUUCCUGCUUGCCUUCUGUUGCUGGGACAUCAAUGAAGAUUUCAGCAUGUAGUUCAUGUCCAUUUAAGGAUGGUGUGGUUUCAGUUGAUUUUAUUGUAUCCAUUCUCCUUGGAAAACUUAAGGAACAAAUGGAAGCAUUGAAUUCAUCAAGUUGUCAAUCAGUGAUAUUGGAAAUGAAAAAGAUGGAUGUUCAAUGCCAUGGAGAGGCUAUUCCAUCGAAUUUUGUUCCUAAUGAAAACUUGAUCAACUUCAUUGAUACGCUUUCAUUGCUAGAACUUGUGGCAGUUUCUGUGAGCUGGGACUGGACAUUUGGCAAUAUUGUCUUGCCGCUUUUUCGGAUGCUGGACUGUGUCCAAGAGCAGUUUUUUCCUGCCAUUAUAACUCUUCUGGGUCAACUUGGGAGGAUUGGAGUCGAUGCCAAUGGAUAUGAGAAUUCUGGAGUUGAGAGCAUCAGGCAAUGGUUGUCUGCUUUUCUCAGCCGCACCACAUUUAAGGACUUUGGUCUUCUGAUCCAGUUUGCUUCUGCAUUUGCCUUACUUGAUCUAAUCGCUAAGUCAUUUGAAGAAGUUGUUGAAGCGAAUUUUGAGAGUUUUGCUACUGGUAAUCAACCAGUUGCAAUGGACGCUGUAAGAAAGUGGUUUUCUUCCUUGAGCAAUGAGCAACAAUCAUCCUUUAGGUCUCUUCAUUCAUCUAGCAAAUGCAUUUCCACAAAUGCAAAUCAGACUAUUGCAAGUGCAGCUUGAUUCAUGUUGGAGGGUGGAUAUUGCAGCUAAAAUUUUGACAUCUCCUCGCUCCAUGUGAAGAGGCUGAAGCAGAUUCUUCGACCAGUAGAUAUCACAGGGAGAUAUGUCAAUUGUGUUGCAAUACAUCUCUAUGAAGACAGUGCUAGUUGAUCAAUUUUGUACUCAUCUCUGGGGUUUAUGUUAAAGUGUACCCAUAGAGGUUUAGAUGCUAGGCGGCUAAUACAAAGGCACACUUAGUAAAUAUUUGCAAAGUCAGGUGCCAACAUUGUAUUGAAACGUGGAUAGGGAGAAUCUUGCUUUAUUCUUUUUCCUUCUUUUUGAAACAGUAUUCAAAAUAUGUGAAUUUCAGAACUGCAUUAUAAAA